AUGGGAACGCGGGAGGCUAGCCAUGCUGGAUCGUGGUAUGAGGGUGAUCCCGAGGAGCUGUCGUCUCAGCUCGACGAAUUCCUGGAUCGCGUUCCUGCAACCUUGGAUGACAGUAGUCUCCCGAUUCCGGGUGCGAGGGUGGUGAUUGCUCCUCAUGCCGGGUACUUGUACUCUGGGCCUUGCGCGGCCUGGGCCUACAAGGCCCUCAAUCUGAGAUCGGCGAAACGCGUCUUCAUUCUCGGCCCAUCCCACACUUACUAUCUGCGCGGGUGUGCCCUGACCACAUUCGACAAGUACGAAACCCCGUUCGGAGACCUCGUUGUCGAUAAGGCCACGACGGCCAAGCUGAGGCAAACCGGCCGGUUUUCCGACAUGCCCAAGCGCCAUGAGGUGGACGAGCACUCUCUGGAGAUGCACAUUCCAUACUUGUGGAAGAGGCUGGAGCAGACGUUUGGCGACGACAGCACCAAGUACCCGUCUAUCGUCCCCAUCCUCGUCGGCAACGCCUCGGAGCAGGAAGAGAAGUCUUUUGGCCAGCUCCUCUCGCAGUACUUGGAAGAUCCGGAAACUGCUUGGAUCGUCUCGUCCGAUUUCUGCCACUGGGGAUCACGGUUUAAAUACCGCCCCAAGCUCCUGGACGGCGUGAUCCGGGAUCUGGAUAAACCGAAGGCUAGCGGGGCGGGCUACGAGAGUCUGCCAGUGACGCCAAACUCGACCAAAAUGGUCGAGAAUCCCGCGAAACCACAAACGCACGAGGUCAUCGCAGUGCUGGACCAGAUGGCCAUGGAUGCGGUCGAGUCCGGCGCACACAGCGAGUUCUACAAGGUUAUUCGGGAGACUCACAAUACGGUUUGCGGGAGACAUCCCAUCGGUGUUAUGAUGGCGGCUUUGGAAGCGGUCGCGGAGGACGGGUCAGAGAAGGGGAAGGGCAAGUUCAGUUUCGUUCAGUACCAGAGGAGCAGCUUGGUCAAAGAAGACUGGGAUUCCAGUGUCAGCUAUGCGUCUGCCUAUGCCAUCGUCUGA